CAGCUGAAUCAACGGCAUUUACUCGUUUUGUGCCUCUUCUUCUGCCGCUGCAGAGGAGUAGGGAACCGUGUGGUGUGGAGUGGUGGUAGGGCCUCUACUUUGGGGGCCCCGUGCUAAAUGCACACGACAUAUCGUCUCACAAUUGUUUUGACUAUGGCGUGUAUCAGUUCUAAUCGGGUAGCCACCCGAGUGCAAGAGAAAUUGUGCCAGUUUUUAAGUAACAAUAGAAACUACUAUCAGCAGUCCCGUCGGCGAUUCGCAGCCCCAUCCGCCACAGUGUACUCAUCAGCUUCCGGACAGCCACAGACACUCAGAGGAUUGUGUGGAAAAUUCUUACGUCAGCCAUGCACAGCAAAACCAUUGUUGCCCAUCACACAUCCUUGCAUGCGUGAGUACAGCUCGGUGCACACACAGCAGCCGGCAGGACCAGUCAGAGACUACCAAGUGCAGGUGGAUCCCUAUAUCCUCCUUGAGGAUGAACUCAAAUUCAUCUACGAUGAUAUCCGACAGUUGUUGGCAAAUGGAACGAAACAGCCAGAACUCGAUACAAUCGCCUCAUACUAUUUUGAUGGUCAGGGCAAAGCCCUACGUCCUAUGGUGACGCUUCUGAUGGCAAAAGCAAUCAACUACCACAUCCAGAACAAAGAAAAUAGUAGCAUCUUGCAUAACCAGCGACAAGUGGCGAUGAUUUCGGAAAUGAUACACUCGGCUAGUUUAGUUCAUGACGAUGUCAUAGACCAGUCAGAUUGCAGACGGGGAAAGCCCAGUGUAAAUAUCCUGUGGAAUCACAAGAAGGUGACGAUGGCUGGCGAUUACAUUUUGGCCAUAGCUUCCAUUUCAAUUGCCCGACUAAAGCAUGAUGACGUCACAAUAUCCCUCAGUAAGAUCCUUACUGACUUGGUUCAGGGAGAACUCAUGCAGCUUGGUUCCAAGGAGACGGAGAACGAGAGAUUUGCACACUACUUGACCAAAACAUACAGAAAGACAGCUUCACUGAUAGCCAAUGCUUUAAAAGCGGUCGCCCUGUUGGCCAAUGCGGAUGAGAACAUCUCGGAGAUUGCUUUCCAGUAUGGCAGGAACAUAGGGUUAGCGUUUCAGCUGGUGGAUGACUUGCUGGACUUUGUGUCAACGGCUGAAACGAUGGGCAAACCAACAGCGGCAGACCUCAAAUUGGGACUGGCAACGGCACCAGUUCUCUUCGCUUGUGAGAAAUAUCCUGAAUUAAAUCCAAUGAUAAUGAGACGAUUUCAAGAGCCAGGCGAUGUUGAGAAGGCCUUCGAAUUGGUGCACAAAUCCCAGGGAUUGGAGCAGACCCGCUUCUUGGCGCGCAAACACUGCAUUGAGGCGAUUCGAUUAGCACAAGAAUUGGCGGAGUCGCCCUAUCAGAAGGCACUGGUGGUCGUUGGCGAUUUAGUCCUGAAUAGAAUGAAAUAGUUAACACUUCUUUCCAACUAUUAUUUACUAUCUCAAGCAUACAUUAUACAAUUGUGGGGUGGGUGAAUACUCUUGUGCGACUGCGGAUGGUGUGUGAAUGUGGAGAUGCGAAUGGAUGCGAGCGUGCGUGUGUUGUAAGAUAUUCAACUGUCUCUCUAUUUCACUAUGGCUGAGGGACAGCGCUCUGUGGCUCUGUUUUUCCACCUCACGACGCCCGAGAGUGAUGUUGAAGAGCGCAUUCACAUCCGACAAGGCGAAAAAUGCACGAAACUUCCUCGUAGUGCGCUUUGCGGGUGUGAAGAGAGAGAGAGAGAGAUACAUAUAUAAAAAGAGCGUUAUAAUUUAUGCUGUUCGAUUGUGCGAAUCCGAAUGUGAGUGCGAUGAAUGCGAUCAAAAAAAGGUACACUUUAUAUGUUUCUUUUUCAUAUCAAUUGUGGAAGCAAAGGGCAAUUAAUGAGGGAAAAAAAUACACAUCGACCAUUUUUUUUUUCUUCUCACCUAUAAAUCUCUCUUUCGACAUUGCGUGGGACUUGACUUCCCACGAAACGCACGAGUAAAUCCCCAAAUAAAGAAAAAAUAGUCAAUUGCCGCCUAAUGAAGAGUUUAACUAUUUAUUUAAUUCACGAGUAUUUCAUUAAUGAGACUAUCUGAGACAUAUACAAAAAAAGAGAGAAGUCACAUUGCGGGAAGCAGUCGAGGAGGAAAUGGAGAAAAAAAGCGUGAGGAAAUAGCGAGAUGGGCGGAUGAUAUUUGUGUCAUUGUAUUGAUAUUUUUUAGCAAGAUGUUUCAUUGGUAGAAUUUGAGGAAGAGAUUCAAUGAUUUUCACCAUCUUUCGUCCAUCUCGUCGGCACAGAUUGCAAGAAAAACAGCGAAAUUGAGCGAUUCUCUGUAAAUUUUGUAAAUAAUUCAAUUAGAAAUCUACUUGAAUGUACACUUUUUACACUGAAUUCGAGAAGAUAAUCACCUUAUUUACUCUUAAUUGCAAUUUAAUUGUAACUAUCUAUCGUGUCAGUGAGAAUGUGAAAUGUUUGAAUGAUUUUUUUAUAUAUUUAAGUUCACUGUAAAUAAAAUUGAAGUGGAGAAAGAAAUGAGCGAAUAGAUGUUUACUCUAAGACAUGUAUAAGACAGACAAGUAUCGAUAAUUAUGUGGAAAUAUUUCUAACUUUUGUUAAAGAUAAAGGAAAAAGAAGAAGAAAAUGAAUUGUGUAAAAAAAAAGACGCUUGAGAGGUGGAGAAAAGUAGCGAUAAAGAAAACCUAUUAGGAUGUGAAGUUUAGAGAAUGUUUAAAAUAUUCUUAAUAAUUUGAGAGGAAGAUUAUUUUGUAUUCAUUUUUAUUAAUUUGUAAAAUUUUGUUGAGCGCGCGCUGGUCAAAUAAAAUUUUUUCAGUGGGAAAAAAAAUCACAAUGAGGAAAUUAGUCAUUUUUAGCAGUUUCCAAUCAAUUGCUAGUCAUUAUAAUAAAUAAUUUGAGUAAUUUCCAAUAUAAAUAAAUCAUCCCUGUAAGUUUUUUGUGUCUCCGCUCCCGCCCUUCCGUUUAUUAUUUGGUAAGCUCGAAAGCAUGGUUUUUCUUUCCACACACAAACACACAAUUUGUAUAUUUUUUUCACGUACUAAUGAUUCGUUACCAUUGCAAUUUUUGACGCAAAUUUUUGGAGGGAAGAAGAAACACUUUACAAGAAGGUCUAAUAAGCUCUGUUUAUUCUUUGUUUUUUUUUGUAUUAUUCUUAUUUAACGAAGAGUCGAAGGAGGUGGAAAAGAAGCUGGCGAAGUGGAAAGAAAUUUAUAUUGAUUCCAAAAUAUUAUGUUCAUAUAAUUUGAAAAGGUAAUUUUUUUUAGAUGAAAGAAAACACGCAACAUAUUUUAUAAAAUUUAGUUUAAACUACCUUUUUGAAGAAGUAGAAGGAAAAAUCCAUUAGAGACGAAGUGCUGUUGUGAGAGAGGAGUUUCGUGAGGAAAAAGAUCCCAAUGAAUGGAUGUGUGUGAAUGCGUAAUACUUUUUAUUUUGUGUAAAUAACCAAGAGAGGAUAGAAAGAUUGUCUCUGUAAAUAUAUAUAUAUUGCAUAGAGAAGGAGAUAGAAGAGAGAGAGAAAAAUAUUCAGUUUUUUUAAGCAAUAAUUUUUGUCUCUUUAAGCCUUGUAACAUCUCUUCUUUGUUGUAACAAAAAUAAUGUUGAAGAAAAGCAAAAUUCUACCAAUAAACAUUACAUUUUUUUCAA